CAGGUCUGACUAAAACUGUUGCUGGCAUUCUCACUAAAACCAGGAAGAUUUCUGGAGAGAGAUAUGAGGGAUAAAAUCUAGAACUGAGUCUUAAUAUAUCUGCAAAAACAUUUAACAUUUUUCAUAGCAAAUCUCAGUGAGGUUUCUGUGUCUCURCAGAUCCUCCAAGACGUCAGGAAGUCGUAAAGUUUACUAUGGAGCCAGAAGAGACUAUAGUUCUGCUGGAGACCCAAAGAGACGGGAAACGGUACCUUGUUGUCGACUGUGGAGAUAAAAAUAUCAGCUUCACUGUUCAUGAYGUCCUGGAAGGAGGASCCCUGAAGAAGCUGCAUGUCAACUCUAAAAUUGAUCUGGGAGAAAAAACAGUGGAGAAAWACUUCAACCAGUUCCUGAGAGAAAUCUUUUGUGAUGGAGUCUGGAAUAACUAUGAACAAAACUUCCCCAAUGAGGUUCAGAASAUGAUGUAUGAUUUUAUUCGUCUCAAACAUKUGGAUGAAGAUGUUCAGAUCAGUUGCCCGGGUAACCUGGUCAUGUUGGCUCARAAAMAKAAAGAGAUUGAAACUUUCUUUGAUUCAGUAAAUGGAGCGUCCUGGGAUGAUGGAUCCAUCAGAAUCUCCAGAGAGAAACUGAGAUCUUUCUAUAAUAAGAGUCUGCAGGGAAUYACMAASASYCUUAGAGAAAUAUUARACAAAAAUCUCAACAUUGGGUUUAUUGUGUUAGUGGGAGGWUUGRCUGAGAGCCAGAUUCUACGUCAGCACAUCACUGAUCAGUUUGGACCUCAGUAUAAAGUCCUGKKUCCUCUUAGACCCCAGGAAGUGAUUCUGAAAGGAGCCGUAGAGCUGGGGAGAAACCCAAAGAUGGUGGAGCCUCAGAGGAAACGUCCAGCUUGGCUCAGAUGUUGUUCAUGAGAUUUAAUUUCUUUU